ACACGGAAGUAAACGUUUGUAGUGUUGGGGUUUGGUUUCACCAGCAGUGAGGUUGAAUGUAACGCGGAUACUUCCACCUCAAUAAGUUCAGUCAGUCACUGAGAGAAACAGCGGCCGGCGGAGCUCCUGAGGAAACACACAGCAGCCAAAUGAAACGCUUUAUUACAGUCGUGUUGCAGUUUUUGUUGGUGGGGCUCACAGUGAGUUGGGAUGACGGCAGUGUGCUGCUGCGGGACGUCCAGGUGCUGACUCUGUACAAGGAUCGCUACACCACAGCAAGGCGCUCCAGCCCCGUCCCUCAGCUCCAGUGUGUCGGAGGCUCAGCAGGCUGCCAGGCCUUCGUCCCAGAGGUGGUCCAGUGUCAGAACAAAGGCUGGGAUGGAGUGGAUGUACAGUGGGAGUGUAAGACUGAUAUGGACAACGCGUACCGAUUUGGUCGCAUUGAGGUGAGCUGUGAGGGCUAUGCCCACCCCACUGACGCCUACAUACUGAAGGGCUCCUGUGGGCUGGAGUACACACUGGAACUGACUGCACAGGGCCAGAGGAAGAACCAGGGUAGCUGGGGUUCCAAAAGUGGAUUCAAUGGAUUUGGAGAUCUUGGUGGCUUUGCCUCCAGUUUCUUCAGCGGUUUCUCUGGAAAAAAGCAUCAGCACCACCAGCACAACCAGCAGAGCCGUCAGAGCUCGCACCCAUCCAGCAGCGAGGACUCAGGAAGCCUGCUGGUAGUGGUCGUGCUUCUGCUCUUAGCCUACGGCGUCUACAAGCUGUUCCUCAGCGGGAACACGGCCCAGUGGGGGCAGAAUGGUGGGCAGGCUGGUUACCCCAGAGAUAAUCACCAUGGCUCCACCGCAGGACCACCUCCCCCGGGUUUCAAACCGGAUUUCACAGGGUAUUCUGGUGCCAACCCAGGUUACGGUUUCCACAGUAACUACACUCAAGGACAACAGUACCCAGGAGGCCACGCUGCUCCUGGCACAGGUGGAGGAUUCUGGACCGGCAUGGGGACAGGAGGGGUUCUGGGAUAUCUCUUUGGUCGUCAGAGAAGCCAGCCCUACAACCAAUACUCCCCCGGCUACACUCACAGCACCCCUUCUUCUGCUGGACACACCUCCUCUUCCUCCGGGACACGCACUGCUUCAGGUUUCGGAGGAACCAAGAGAAGAUAGAAGCUGUGGAGGUGGACGGACUCUCUACAGUGGAUGGCAGUGACAGAAAUUGAACUGAUGUACUAAUAAGAUGUGUUUGACUUGCUGGUGGCAGGUCAAACACGGCAAAACCACCAUGAGAAGACCCUCUCUUCCUGUAGAGAUGAACUUCCAACAGUAGAGUAACAUUGCUACUCAGUUCCUCUGGAGGUCCAUUUGAUGUCAGCUACAACAGGAAGCACUUGUUUCUCUGUGAAUGUGUUUGAGCUUUAGCCUGAAGGCUUUGUGUUUGGAAGAACAUGUAUGACUUUGAUUUGUGUAAAGAAGACAACAGCAUUGCAGUUCACAGAUUUUUUUUGACAUUUUGUAGGUAAGAUGAGCAUUUCAGUGGGAAUCCAUCCUUCAGUUUAUAUGUUUUGUUCACCUGGUCUUAUAGAGUUAUCUCCAUCUUCUGUCCCAUUGACUUUGUGUGAAUGAGUGUGUGACAUCUGAAAUCUCAAGGAAUCAAGGAAAUGUAUUUAUCUUUAUACAGUACAAGGUUGUAUCAAAUUUUCAUAUAACAUAGGAUUAAUAAAAUAAAUCAAUAUAUACAUAA